UUUUUUUUUUUCCUUGUGCUUCUUCUAUGCAAGUUUACGUUGGCUGUGGUGUCUAGAGACUCGCCUGUUCACACUUUAAGCCCAUGAAGGAAACACUAAAGUACUUGUUGGGGACUGCAGGACCAAGUGGCUUUGGAUCCAACUCCACAGCUGAGCAGGUCACUGAGAAAUGCUGCCUGUUUCCAAACCAGUUAACAGCCAUUAUAACUGGAGCCACAUCAGGGAUUGGAGCAGAAACUGCAAGAGUGCUGGCGAAGAGAGGGUUGAGGAUAGUAAUUCCUGCAAGAAACGUGAAGAGUGCAAGUGAGAUGAAGGCCAGGAUUCAGAAAGAGAAUCCGGAGGUAGAGAUCAUUGUCAUGGAACUUGAUCUUGGUUCGUUUGCUUCCAUCAGGAGAUUCUGCUCCGCUUUUCUCUCCUCCGGCCUCCCUCUCAAUAUCCUCAUAAACAACGCAGGCAAGUACUGCAGGAAGCUACAGUUCACAGAGGACAAUUUUGAGAUGUGCUUCGCCACCAACUACUUGGGACAUUUUCUGUUGACAGAGAUGUUGGUAGGGAGGAUGAUGGAGACAGCCGCAGAAACAGGGGUGGAGGGACGCAUUAUUAACGUGUCCUCAGUCAUCCACAGUUGGGCCAAAAGAGAAGGAUUCAACCUCCAUGAUAUGCUCACUCCCCGCAGCUACAACGGAACCCGUGCUUAUGCUCAGUCCAAAUUGGCAAACAUCCUGCAUGCAAAAGAAUUAGCCAGACUGCUAAAGGCAAAUAAUGCAAGGGUGACCGUCAAUUCUGUCCAUCCCGGAAUUGUCAAGACCGGCAUUAUUAGAGAAGAAAAGGGACUCGUUACAGAUGUCCUUUAUCUGCUUGCAGGGAAGCUGCUGAAAACGACAUCUCAGGCAGCAUCAACAACAUGUUAUGUAGCCCUGGACCCAAGCAUCAAAGGAGUUAGUGGAAAGUUUUUUGCUGACUGCAAUGAAAGUCCAUGCUCGAGUCUUGCAGAUGACCAGUCAGAAGCAACAAAACUUUGGAGGCAAACCCAUGAGAUGAUUCGCAGAAAGUGCAGUCAAGAUGGAAGCUGAAGACACAGACCUUCAAUCACCUGUGUCCAUGUAAAUGUGCUUUUCUAUGUAACUACCUGUAAGAAGCAAAUUGAACCAUAAUAUAGAAGAAAGCUUUUAGGCAGUCACUAGAACAAGCUUUAGUUCAA